AUAGAUCUGGCGCAAUUUUCAACUAAGGAUACCUUUGCGUGAUGAAUGAAUCGACCUGCCCUGUCUUUCGUGACAAACUGAAGCGUUUAUUUCACUGGGGUCCAAUCUCUACAAUCUGGAUCAUAUUUUUUAUUACGCUCACGAGUUUAUACAGUACCUUACAUGUCGCCCCUCCCUGUUCAUCACUUUUUGGUCUGUUUCUUUCUACGUGCAUAUUUAGUUUCUUUUAUAUGACUCUGAAGUCUUACCUUUGUGCUGUAUUUGUUGGCCCAGGAUUUGUUCCUCUUGGUUGGAGGCCGUGUGACCCUUCAGCUGAACAGAAGCUUCAGUUCUGUAAUGUUUGUAAAGGUUUUAAGCCUCCACGAGCCCAUCAUUGUCGAGCUUGCAACCGGUGUAUAAUGAAAAUGGACCAUCAUUGCCCCUGGAUAAAUACAUGUUGCGGUCAUCUUAACCAUAAAUACUUUUUGAUCUUUUUGUUGUUUGCUCCAUUCGGAUGCAUCACCUCUUGUAUAUCACUAUCGCUUUCUAUAUAUCAAAGUCCAGCAAUCUUUCCUAGUUUACUUUUGCGAAGAUUUCAAUCAAGCGUUUUGUUCGUCAUAGCUGAUCUAAUGAUAACAUUAUUUGCUUUGGGUUUAGCUGUGGGUGUUGCACUGUCUGUUGGGAUUUUAGCAAUUUUCCAGUUGAAAGCUGUUGCGAGGAAUCAAACAGGAAUAGAAUCAUGGAUCGUUGCGAAAGCAAACGUUUGGCGAAAGGAUAUAGGGGAAAAAAAACCAUUUCGCUAUCCAUAUGACCUUGGAAAGCUCGUAAAUUUUCAGCAGAUUUUUUUGUGGUCUGGUAAAGUCUUAGGAGAUGGAUACUACUGGCCUGUUGUGAAAGGCUGCACUCAGUAUGAUUUGACAUUGGAACAGAUCUAUCAGAAAAGGUUGAAACAAAAAAUUCAGCGCACAUUCAAAAUUACCCAAAAUUAUGAUGGGAGUCGGUGUAUGUGUUUUCGUUAUGGAUGUCUAACUGCGAUACGUUCCCCAUGUUUUGAAGAACCCAGAAUACCUGUACGUGUCGGUGAUGCUCUUAUGGUGACAAGAGGAACAAAAUUACAAUACGAACUGAUCCUACUUAGACACAUCGUAAACCGAAAAGCAUUAGACAGCUGUUUUGUCCUGCAACGAGACUCUCCUGUAGUAGUCGUCUACGACCCCGCCGGGUAUCGAAUGCACGACUUUCAGAUUUCCCAACGAGUGCUGGACCUCUAGACCACUGGGUUUGAGAUCCAGUGAUUUGCAUUUCUAACUUUGGUCAAUUCACGAUACUGCACGACCAUCAUCUAUUACCAUUUGUGAUGUUUUUCUCAUGCCCUCCGACAUAGUUGAACUAUACCUGGUCACGGCUCAUCAUUAUAACUUCAGGAAUUACCUCUCAAGGUUAUUUGCUGGUAUUGAGAAUUGAUUGAAGUUAGACACGAACUGUUCGAUCCAUAAGUUGGACUUAACCCCAUAUGUGGUUGCAAAUUCAUAAUGCUAAGUAGUUCCGUACGAGAACGAAAUACACAAAAUGGAAUUUCGAGGUACUGGAUUUAUGGCCAUUUGGUCCCUUCUGAAAGUUGUUCUGCUGAUUUUUCAGAUUCUGUCAGAAUUCGUGGGUGGGUUCCUCGCGUUUGUGCUCUUGAGGUCGAUUUCAAGCACAGAAACGAUAAGUUCUCGCUUAAGAAUGACUAGGCAGUCACAUUCCAUAGUUCAGAGGACGAUCAUUGUUCUAUUUUGUAGAUAACUACAGUGUUCGUACGAGUUUUCGUUACUUUACUCACUUUUGUAAUUUCUGUUCUUGUUCUAUUCUUCCAUCCUAUUUUCCUAUUUACUUUCCCUUAAAAGAUUGAAUGGGAUAAAAUUAUCCGAAUAACACGAACUGAACAUCUCAGUCUAAGAUUUGUUUAGAUUUACUGUUUAUUAUCAUUCUCACCACCAAUCUUAUAAAGUGACCCAGAUGUUAGAGGACAUUCAACAAACGUUACUAGAAGGAGAAUGUUGUAGUUAACUCACUCGCUGUUCUAAUGUAACUUGAAUUAGAUUCUGCUAGUCAUUUUUGGAACAUUAUCCCCAAUUUUCGUGGUAUGUAAAUAACCAAGACUAAAGAUUAAUAUGUUUAGAGACGUACUUGUAUUUUAGUAGAGUGUGUGUGUUUAACACAAUCUUUUCAUAUAGAUUGAUAAUACAGUUACUUCAUUUUGG